AGCAUGGCCGGCACAGACUACAGCGAUGUUGUGCUGCCGGCGUCGCUGCUCGACACGGACCUUUACAAGUUCUCUAUGCAGCAAGCAGUCCUCCACCACUUCCCAGACGUCGAGGGCACAUACCGCUUCACCCACCGCGACAAGGAUGUGUUCUUCACCCGCGAAUGUUUCCACCGCUUCCAGCGUUCUGCCUCGCAAUUCGACAAAAUCAAGCUCACACCGGAUGAACGCGAGUGGCUAGCAAAAGCGUGCCCGUACCUCAAGCCGUCCUACCUCGACUUCCUUGCAGCGUACCGCUUUAACCCCACACAGCUCCGUUUGAGCUUUGAGCCGAUCCCUGAGGACAUAGACAGGGAUGCGCGCGGGGACGUGAAAGCGAGAGGAGACAUUCACAUUCACGCGGUGGGACCAUGGCGGGAAACCAUCCUUUGGGAGGUCCCUCUUAUGGCCUGCUUGAGCGAGAUAUACUUCACGACCGCCGAUAAGGACUGGAACUACGACGGACAAGAAGAGCAGGCGUAUGAGAAGGCGAAGACACUUCUUGCGGCCGGCUGCUCCUUCAGCGAGUUUGGUACUCGCAGACGACGGUCGUACCGCACGCAGGACAUAAUUAUGGAGGCCAUUCUGCGUGCGCAGAAAGACAGUCCAGAUGCCCCCGCCAGAGUGUCCGGGACCAGCAACGUGCACCUCGCGAUGAAAUACAAUGUGCUACCUAUGGGAACCAUUGCUCACGAAUGGUUCAUGGGUGUCGGUGCGCUCAAGGGCUACGAGCACGCCAACUCGACCGCACUCAAGCUCUGGGAAGAAGUCUACCACAACGUGCUCCUCAUCGCCCUCACGGACACGUUCUCCACCGAAGCCUUCUACGCAGAUUUCGCCCAAGACUCGCACUUUGCGCAGCACUGGACCGGGCUGCGCCAGGACUCGGGCGACCCGUUCGCGUAUGCCCCCCGCGCGAAGGAAGUGUACGAACGGCUCGGGGUGGACUACCGCACGAAGAUGAUCAUCUUCUCGGACGCGCUCACCGUCGAGAAGGCGCUCGCGCUGAAGAAGCAGUGCGACGAGCUCGAGCUCAAAUGCUCGUUUGGGAUCGGCACGUCACUCUCGAACGACUUCAAGAAGGCGUCGAAUGGGGCGGAGAAAAGCCGUGCGCUGAACAUGGUCAUCAAGCUUUCCUCCGUGGACGGAAAGCCGACGGUGAAGAUCAGCGACGAUAUCACCAAGAAUACGGGAGAGCCGGAAACCGUCCGCGAGGUCAAGGCAAUCUUCGGGAUCCCGGUCACCGACAAGGACGAGGUUGUACUGUAGACAGCCUCACAAUGGAAGACAUAGAAAAGGAACCGGAGGAGCAGACUAUACCAGUGUAUCUCUAACUGUAAUAUGACUUGAUCACUCGACGUAUGUGAUCAUGAACGAUAUCCG